GUAUUCGCGCAUGCGUCUGUAACACUGUUGCUCGUGACUAAUAGACUGCAAAGAGAAUCUAGGCUAUCCCGCUGCACCUGGGAUGCAACUAUUCCGACUUUCAGUCAGUCGCACUUGGAGCUUUGCACUGGCUGCAGCAUCGUGCCUCUGUCUCUAGCUUCGAAUUGCACUCAUUCGGUGUUCUUUCUUUUCUCAAGUUUUCAAGUGAACGAUUCGAUAUCGGUAUCGCUAAUCGAGGUUGCGAUCGGUGAAUACAGUCUCGAAUUAGACUAUGGUCGGGAAUCGAGCCGUCCACGAUCAGAACUCGAGGUUAGUUAACAUGGUGUACGAGAAUCGUGUUGUUCGUUGAUUCCGUUUAAAAUUCGAUGCUUUAACCGCGCGUAAUGCAGUGUUAUCGUCGGAGGGAUGUGCGCCAUUUUCGAGAAGUAGUUUCUCUCCUUAAACUUCAAGUUUUACAUGAAAAUUUGAGCCCAACUCAUAGGAAAUUAGCGAAUCUAAAUCUUUCAGAUGUUUCUUAAAAAUACGUAACCCACGAUCGAACGAUGCGGGAUGCAACGACAGAGUCGCAUGUUGAUGCAUGCCGAUGAGUGUCGAAUAUCGAUAUCCGUGCGAAUGCGCACUGAUGGUUGACGGAACAUCUCUCGAUGCAAUGUGCGCGCGCACUAAAGUACCCCCUCGUACCUUAGUACGAGUCCACACCCCCAACGAAAACGAUGGGAUUAUCGAUCAGCGUUGCUAUUCGAGCUAAGAACUUUUCGCCAGCUGACAGUAAACCGUAGGGACGCGCUAUCAACGAAGGAAAUCACGCGUUCUUUCGAUUUCAAAAUGAAACCAGAGUGAUCCGUGUUACGUGUUCGUGAUCGAUAAUAGGACAAAUCGCGCCUUCGACCCUCUGGCCGUCCUCUGGCCGUCCUCUGGCCGGUUGGAAAAUGAAAAUUAAGCCAAAAAUGUGUUGCAAAUGUCUUCGGUUUGAGGGACGAGUAACAUCUUUCCUAAACUUAAUUCGAAUCUAUUAGGGUCCGGCUUGCGAUGCAAUAUCCAAACGCCGAUAUACCAGAAGGAAGAAGAGUUCGCAACGUACGGAGAAGACUUUUCCAGGACGAGGAAGGCGACAACGAAAGUGUUUCGGAAAGGCGAUCCGGCAUCGAGGACAAUCUUGCGAAUUGUUUCCUCGAAGAGGCACGAAAGAACCGAGAGAACGCGAAACAGAGAUGGAAUUUCGAUUUCGAGAAAGAAGAACCGUUACCUGGCCGUUACGAGUGGAUAAAACUGGAUCAAGAGCGAAAUGACAUCGGUUAUGCAUCGGAGUCGAGAAAUCGCGUGGAAAAUUUGCAAGCAAUGCAGGUCGAGAACUUGCGAGAAGACGAUUCCGUGAUCCCGGAACACGCAGAAGAGAUGGACGACGACAACAUGACCGACAGUACAUGAGAAGAGUUUCGAAAUGGUUCGUUCAUCCUGGAAUUCUUGAUUGAAAAUGAAACAUUUUCGUUACACUAAUUCAAGGGUAGAAUUGAUGCAGUAAAAUCGACCGAGUCGAAGAUCGAAUACUUCAGGUAGAAAUGGCGAGGUCGUUGAUCAAAGAAAACAUUAAUUGGACCUUGGACCUGUAGUUGGAGCAUGGAUAAUUCCGAGGAGCUAGCAAACCAAAGUUAUACACUUUUAUUUAAACAAACAAUUCGACUUUUAGUGGCAAUUUAUAAAUUGGAAGUCGUUUGUCGUGAUAUUUGUUACUGUAUUAUUUGUACCGAUUUUAUAGUGUCCGUAUACAAUUAUUUAAUUAGGUAUUUAUUAUGAGAGCGUGCAAUUAGCAAACGAAUGAUAUUAUACAAUAUAAUAGAUAAUAUAAAUAGAUUAUAUGAAAUGACUUUGUACUUUUCAUAAAAAGAUGAAAUAAUACACUUCUCUACAAAUUUUUAAA